CAUAUCCCAUAAGCUACAGUCAGCUCUAGAAAGUUGUGCGUGCUGCUGAAAUUUGCAUUCAUUUCCAAGUUGCGCUUCACUGUGAAGAAAGAUUUGUAUAAUCAGCACAAGCCCGGCUAACAAAGUGAAAGUCACCUCAUUAGAGCAAAUGAGUGCUUAUGUCGUCCGUUGCCCGCCACAAAUUGCCACCGCAACCCCCGCAGUCAGAGGUAACAGGUUCUCUGCAAAUCCUGACCGAUCAAGUGAGGACGGGAAGUCAGUCUUUGGCCACCUUGACAACAGAAAUGCGCAGCUUCGAAACCCGAAUCGGUCAGGAACCCACUGGGCCGCACGUCUGCAGCGAAAGAUACAGGACUGUGUACAUCUUGCGGUACAAAGACAUUUGGUUCUGUUGCAGCAGAUGGAUUCGAACUAAGAACAGCUGUUCUCAACGUUGUCCACCCAACACCCGCGGACGUGGCUGCAAUUUUACUUGCAACUGUGUCCUUGCAAACACUUACUGUGAUCACAUCUGUGGGUGUUCCUGUCGCCCUGGCUGGACAGCACCGGACUGCAGCGUCUCUAGUGAUACAGGCUCACGUAGCACUGGAUGCACAGUGUCCCAAUGGAGCAUCCUGUAAUCCGCUUGACAAGUAUUGUUCCGGCAUUCUUGGAGGGAUGAGUCCUAAAAGAAGACUUAUCCAGCUGAAACUAAAAUAUGUCCUUGCAAUAUUGGUGAACACAGCUUUGGGGUUCUUUGGUUCAGUGGCGGAAAGCUGCGCA